AUGUAUUGUACAGUGCGUUCAAACGUGGAGGUGAAAACGACACCAACGGCAGAGGUACCAGAGGUGAAGGCCGGGGAGAAGGCCGAGGAGAAGGCCGAGGAGAAGGCCGAGGAGAAGGCCGAGGAGAAGGCCGAGGAGAAGGCCGGGGAGAAGGCCGGGGAGAAGGCCGAGGAGAAGGCCGAGGAGAAGGCCGAGGUGGAGGCCGAGGAGAAGGCCGAGGUGGAGGCCGAGGUGGAGGCCGAGGAGAAGGCCGAGGUGGAGGCCGAGGUGGAGGCCGAGGAGAAGGCCGAGGUGGAGGCCGAGGAGAAGGCCGAGGAGGAGGCCGAGGAGGAGUCUUCGCUUCCCAAAUGUAUCGGGCCUGGCUGUGAGAAUAACGCCCAGCAAGACUCUGUGUACUGUGGUAACGACUGUAUCCUGAGACAUGCUGCUGCGGCCAUGAAGUCCUUCACUGAUGUCAAAGAGCCCAAGCAGAAGGUCAAGGCCGUGGGUCAGAAAACCAAGUUGACACCAAAGAGGAACGCUGGUGGGAAGAGGACUCAGAAGAAGACCCUGGAGGAGUCGGACUGCGAGGAAGACGACAGUGCUGAUCCUGAUGAGGAUGACGAAGAGGAGAAUGCUGAGGAACAACCGCCUCCGCCGGCCACUGCAUCCUGGUCCAGCGACCAUAAUUACAUUGCAGUAACACCAGAAAAGACUACACCCAUAUCACCAACAGUGUUAAACAAAAAGUCCCCCCCUAAAGAAGAGAAGCAGAGUGAGAAGGAACCAGCCCCUUCCCUAGCGUCCGCUACACCAGCCAAAGGAAACAAGAAGACCCCGGCAACUAAGGCAGCCAAGGUUUCCCCGAAGGGCAAGAAGCCUCAGACUACCAUCCCAAAGGCGUCCAAAAAAUCUGCAACACCCCAGAGUAAAAUUGCAGCAAAGUCCAAGAAAUCAGGUCCGACGCCCGUCCAUACCCCUUCUCGCUUUCCUCCGGGUCCAAUCCACGUCACAGGAGCACUGAGAGUCACCAAGUCCAGCUUUACCAUUCCUAAGAAGCAGCCACAACAAAAGGAAGCUCCAUCCCCUAAUAAGUCCUCCUCAUCCUCCAGAGUUCCAUCAUCUCUAGUGUCUUCAGCUCCCUCCAGCCACUCCUCAUCCUCCAGACCUCCACAUCCAGCUGCUCCAGCGCCCCCUGUGUCCCCCAUGCCGCCACCACCCAACAACCAGAUGAGAACAAACAUCCGCCGCUCGCUGACCGACAUCAUCUUUAAGAGGGUCAGCGACAGUGACGAUCUGAAGAUGACGGAGUGUGAGGUGGCAAGGCUCUCAGUUUCCAUUGAAAAGGAAAUGUUCAACCUCUGCCUUAGCACUGACAGCAAGUACAAGAACAAAUACAGGUCCCUCAUGUUCAACCUGAAAGAUCCGAAAAACAAAGGCUUGUUCUACAGGGUGGUGGGCGGUGAGGUCAGUCCCUUCAGACUGGUGAGGCUAAGCGCUGAAGAGUUGCUUUCUAAAGAGAUAUCCGAGUGGAAGAAGCCCGAUGCUGAGGCCCACUCUCCUGGUGCAAGGGCCCAUUUGGGGCACUCCAAACUGGGCAACAGGCAUGACUCUGGCUCACAUAGCAUGGAUAUGGAGGAUGCUCCGCCAACAUCUGAUGGAGAUGACCAAGAGGAGUCUUGCUCCACUCCUUCAGCUUUGGCUCAGCCCUCGGCUGCGGAGGGGAACAGUGGCAGCAUCAUGCCAGACAUAUUCAGUACCAUGCUCAAAGACACCACUUCUGAACACAGGACUCAUCUAUUUGACCUCAACUGUAAAAUAUGCACAGGUCAGAAGACAGAAGAUGAGCCUGCAGCUAAGAAACUCAAACUGACCAAGAAGCCUGAAACCAAGCCUCAUUCGUCCAGGUCAGGGGAUGUCUCUCCCGCUGGCCAAGCACAAAUCCUCACAGUUUACCAACACCCAAUCCCUCCAUUGUACCAGUCUAACGUGGAGCCAGCUGUCCCAGAAUCGCAGCAGCUGCUGGACCUCAAAAUGCUGCCACCCCAAGCCCAGGCCCCCGCACCCAUCACCUCAACUGUGUCCUCUGUUAGCAUCACUCGCAGAGACCCCCGCAUGGCCAGGCACAGCUCUGCGGUGACUGUCACCUACCCUGCUCCAGAAAAACCCAUCAACAUCUCAGCAGAACCACUCCCAGCUCCUGUUACUGCUCCAGUGGAGGUUGCACCGAAGGCAGCGCUGCCGAUGCCCCCGGCUCCACCGCCUUCAGUGGCUGCAUCCAAACCAGCGAAAACAAGUACAUCCGAGCUUCCUCCUGAGGGCGAGACUGCAAUCUUCCUCCACGGUCAAGAGAAGAUUUGGAAAGGAUUAAUCAACAUGCAGAAUGUUGCCAAGUUUGUGACCAAGGCUUAUCUGGUGUCAGGAUCCUUUGAACACCUGAAGGAGGAUUUGCCAGACACCAUUCAUGUUGGAGGACGGAUAUCUCCACACACAGUGUGGGACUACGUUGGGAAACUGAAAACCUCGCUCUCCAAGGAACUGUGUUUGAUCCGUUUCCACCCAGCCACAGAGGAGGAGGAGGUAGCAUAUGUCUCUCUCUUCUCUUACUUUAGCAGCAGGAAACGAUUUGGUGUGGUGGCUAACAACAACCGUCGUAUCAAAGACCUCUAUCUCAUCCCACUGGGCUCAAAAGAUCCAUUACCCUCCAAACUCUUACCGUUUGAUGGGCCAGGGCUUGAACCAGCUCGUCCCAACCUCCUCUUGGGGUUGCUGAUCUGCCAGAAGGACAGAAAGCGUGCUGGUGCUCUGUUGGAAACUGAGGAAAAACGGUCCAAGAUUCAAACCAGAGAUGCCGAUGACACUGGGCUACCAAAAACAUCUCCAUCAGUCAGGGCAGACAGAAGCACACGACAGAGUCUUGAAAUCCCCUUCAGCACAAUUCAUCCUGGGUCGUCUCCAUCCAACUCUUCAAGCAGCAUUGUGUCCACCUCCUCAGUCCUUUCUAUGUUGUCCUCUGUCAAAGCUACAUCCACAUCCACUAUCACCGGCAAGGAGUCCCCAUCUUCAUCCACCUCUGUCGCUUCCUCUGCAGCAGCAGCUACUCCUCUUCAGACCAUCCUCAACACUCUUUUUGGGAAGAAAAAGCAUGACUCAGAAGCUUCCAACUCUCCAUCUGAUAAUGGUGGGGAGCUUACCGUCCCAUCCUCUACAAUGCUAGACCCCAUUGUGCAGCAGUUUGCACAGAUUUCUAAAGAGAAACAGGUGGAGGAGGAUGAAGAUGAUCGACCGUAUGAUCCAGAAGAAGAGUAUGACCCCAGUAGGGGCUACAAUGUGCCUAAGAAGCCUGUUGAGAUAGAAAGCAAACCUAAAAUCUCUAAACAGCCUGAGGUGGUUGCAAAUGAAGGUGAUGAUGUUGCAUACGACCCAGAGGAUGACUCAAUUUUUGAAGAUGUUAAACCUGUUAUACCAAUUCAAACUAAGGUUGCAUCUGAAUUUAUUACUAAUCCACAAAAGAUCUUGGAGAGCCUUAAACAGAUUGGGGAUCAGACAUUCCAGAAACAGGCAGAACAGCAAAUGUCAUCUACAGUGACACCUGAUACCUCAUUGAUACUUCCAGACACACUCUUAACUCAACCUACCAAAUCCCUUUUGGCCAAUACUCAGCUACUGCAGCUUGGCAAAAAGGUUGAGGAACUAGUGAAGUCUUCAUCGGUUGCUCCCUUGAUCAACCAGAGGAGAGAUCCUCGACAGAGCAGGGAUCCUCGCCAGGCUGCAACCGGCAGGAAACAGACUGAAGAACCUGAGGAGCAAGAGGAGACAUCUGCUCUGUCGGUGGAUUCUGCUCCUUACUCACAACCUGUGGUUCAAGAGGUUCAGCUGUCUAAUGUAACCGAACAGCCAGACUCCUCACAAGGCCUAGAGACAUCACUACCUCACGAGGAAGUGAUGAGUGAGACACUACCCUUCAUGGAGUCAGAUGAGACAGAGGUAGCAAUUCCAUUAUUAGGAGAGGAGGUGGAACCUGAUAUGGAGGUCAACUAUAUGGAUGAGACAGAAGUGAAAACUGAGGAAGCUGAGCCAAUCAAGACAGAAACUGAGAUGGACAAGUACAGUAUUUGGCCAAAUGCUGCCAGUAUUUUAAAAGCUAAUGAGGACUCGGAUUAUGAGGAGAAUAGCCAAGAUGCACCACCCAUAAAUUAUUAUAAUGAGCCUGCAAACUCCUCCCAAAUUACUUCGACAAUCCCAGUACUCACUCAGAGCACAAAAAUGGUUGACACUCCGCACUCACUUGAGUCCCAUCACAUGCCACAUCACAUCAUGUCAGUGUCGGGCUUUGACAGCGAGUACAGACCUCCAGUUGAUAUUCCCCCCCCAUCCAACUUCCCCCCAGCCCAUCCGAUGCAGGGACAAAGCUUGAUAAUAAGGCCUCCACCAAUGUCUAUGCUCCCGCCCAUGCAGGGUCACCCUCCAAUGUCAGGCCCCCCUCCUAUGCAGGGACCCCCUCCACCCAUCCACCCUGUACGUGGUCCUCUCUCCAUGCAGGGUGACAGCAGCCAACAAUAUGGUCCACCUCCAACUGCAUACCCUCCUUAUCAGAACCAGUGGCCAGGCUCACAGCCACAACAGCAGCAGCUUCCUCCUGGACCACCUCCCCAUAAUAUCAUGCCACUCCGAGGACCACCACCACCAUUUCCUCCAAUGGCCCAGAGAGGCCCUGCUCCUCAAAUGUUUAAUCCCGCCAUUCCCCCACAGCACAUUGUACAGCAAGGCCUCCCUCCAGGCCCCCCACCUCCUACCUUUGAUGGACAGAACAGUUUACCUCCACCAAGAUUCACCGGUCCUCCACCACCAUUUAAUUUUCCUGCAAACAGAGGUCCUCCUCCACCUUUCACAGGGCCACCUCCCGGUCACUUUGAAAACAGACUCCCUCCUCCGUCCCACUUCCAAGGGCCGAGGGGUCCCCCACCAUCUCAGUAUGGUGAGCAUAGGGCUCAACCCGCGAUGGUAGACCCACCUCGAGGCCCUACAGAACAGUAUAACAGAGACAAUUCUAACUCUUUCAAACUAAAUGUGGACCAGAAUCCAAAUCCUCUCCAUAUUUUUAAAGACAAUCAGGGUCCCCCGCCUGGUCCAGGCUACCGGGGACCUCCCCUUAAUCAGUAUGAGGACAGAAGAGGCCCACCUUCCAGCGGCGAGAUAAGCGGACAACACUUCAGUCCUCAUAACCAGUACGAUAGCUCCAGACCACACUCCUCACCACCACAUCGAGGAUCUUUUGAUGAACAUCGAGGUCCUCCCCCUCAGGAGAAUAGACCCCACCCUUCUCUGCAUUUUGGAGGAGCAGAGCGGUAUCGCUUAGAUAGGCACUCUGAUGAACCUAGACCUGUUCGCCACAGUGGACCUCUACUGCCAACUCCCCCAGAAGGUCCCAUAGGUCCUUCAAGUCGCAUUGGAGCCCACAGUCCAGACAUGCAUCGGGACGACCCCUGGCGGCGGCAUUCUCCUGAAAUGAGGAGGAGGAGCAGCACAACCCGAGAGGAUUCAGAACCCCACAUUGGAGAUCGCUUCAGUCGCUUUGAUGGAGGGCACAGAGAACCUGCUCCUGGUCCCUCACAACCUUCUGAAGAGAGACAGAGGGAGUUGUCAGAGGACCGCAGGAGGGAAAGAGAUCGUGAAGUCCCCCAUGCAGGCAGGCCCUCAUGGGACAGGGGCCAGGGCAAGCGUUGGAGCAGAGAGCAUGAGUGGGAUAGAGUCAGAGAAAGGGACCAUGAUCAGGAGCGUAACCGAGAAAGAGAACGCGAUCCGGAGCGUACCAGAGAAAGAGAACGUGAUCCAGAGCGUACCCGAGAACGCGAUCCGGAGCGUACCCGGGAAAGAGAAAGCGAUCCGGAACGUACCCGAGAAAGAGAACGCGAUCCGGAGCGUACCCGAGACAGAGAUCGAGAUCCGGAGCGUACCCGAGACAGAGAUCGAGAUCCGGAGCGUACCCGAGAAAGAGAACGCGAUCCAGAGCGUACCCGAGACAGAGAACGCGAUCCGGAGCGUACCCGAGACAGAGAACGCGAUCUUGAGCGCAGUAGAGAAAGAGAACGUGAUCCGGAGCGUACCAGAGAAAGAGAUCGCGAUCCUGAGCGCAGUAGAGAAAGAGAACGCGAUCCAGAGCGUACCCGAGAAAGAGAACGCGAUCCGGAGCGUACCCGAGAAAGAGAACGCGAUCCGGAGCGUACCCGAGAAAGAGAACGCGAGCCGGAGCGUACCCGAGAAAGAGAACGCGAGCCGGAGCGUACCCGAGAAAGAGAACGCGAUCCGGAGCGUACCCGAGAAAGAGAUCCCGAUCCUGAGCGCAGUAGAGAAAGAGAACGCGAUCCAGAGCGUACCAGAGAAAGAGAUCCCGAUUUGGAGCGCAGCCGAGAAAAAGAUCGCGAUCUGGAACGUACCAGAGAAAGAGAUCCCGAUUUGGAGCGCAGCCGAGAAAAAGAUCGCGAUCUGGAGCGUACCCGAGAAAGAGACCGCAGCGGCGGGAGGGAGGUCGAGAGGCCCAGGGAGACCGAGGGAGACCGACACAGGGAUCAAGACACAGACAAGAGAAGAGACCGGGAGAGAGACAGAGCCAGGGAUCCUGACAGGAGGGACUACGACCGUGACAGAGGGAGAAACCGUGAUCGAGAACGUGAUCGAGAACGUGAUCGAGAACGUGAUCGCGAGCGAGACAAGAGACGGGAUAGAUCCCGAAGCAGAGAACGAGACAGGGACCGUGGGAAAGACCGAGGCAGAGACAGGGAAAAGGAGAGGGACAAGGAAAGGGACAGAGACAGGGAUCGUCGGGACAGGAGCAGAAGCAGAGAAAAAAGAGAGGAGAAAAAGGACAGUAAACACGAUACACCCAAGGAGAGAGAUAAAACUGCAGAAAAUGAGAGGAACAUGUCCUAGUUUCUGUUUUAGGGACACUACAUUACGGUCUUGAGACACUUCAAUCUUUCACCAGUUGAAAUCCAGUUGUAUCACUGUACAUGUAGAUGAGCAGUAUUUCGUUAAAUUUCCAGUUGUGUUCAUACUAGAAAAAACGUUUGACGAUGUUUGUAUUCUUUUUGUCACUUAAAGGUUUCUAACUUGUUUUAUCACAUUUGAAAAUCAAAAAACUGAAGGCCAUCUAAGUUGCUUGUGUACACAAUGUAUUAAGUAGGCUACGGAGUCCUAUUACAUGUACCUUUCUCCUAUCCGAGCAGGUUUUUUCUUUUUAAAGAAAACAAUAAUGUAACUGAAUAACACACCAUUUGCAAUAUGUAAAUAUGAAUGUAUUUGUGUAUAUACUGAUGUUUUUAAUCAUACUUUUCUAAGUAGAGAAAAUAAAAGCCAUAUAUCUGAGAUGGAUAAUGUGAAAGUUAGGGAAACACUGUUUACACACAAAUGUGUGUUUUUGUCCAGCAGCAUUGAACUUGAAGGCUCCACCUAUCUGUAGUUAACAUCCCAUCAGUGGUCGUCAAUGAAAUGUCCUGAUUUUGUUUCAGCUCAACCAAUUAAACCCGUUUGAUGACA